GUCACUUUCCCAAAGUGUUUAUUUCCUGUUGGAGAAAUGACAAACUCCAAAGUAUGUUCACAAUGUAAUUUAAACAAACACUCGACUAUCAGUAAAUAUCGUAUUUUCCCAGAUUUGGCGUUAGCUUUCUGUUUGUUUUACAAACUGUUCUAAGACCAAUCAUCGGUAUGAAAAAAAAAGGGGAAAGCUUCCGUGGUAGUGGAGUUGUCCAGUAAGCCUUGCUUCUUUGUACAUUGCUUGUGAGAAUCGCCUGUGUACUACUUAAGAUCGGAAGUGUGUAGAAAGAAAAGCCACUAGAUCUAGCUUGCUGUGAAGUGUUGAUUCUAGGAAUACUUCCAUAAAGUGAGACUUCCUGUAAGAACAGAAUGAGCUCAAAGGUCAGAAUCGACAAGGAACAGUUUGAAAUUCAAGAUGUCAAAACCCAGAAUGUCGUUUACGCACAAGUGGUCAAGAAGAAACCUAAGCCUGGUGUUAAGCCAACUAAACCAUCGCCCUUUAUCGACGAUGGUCCACCGCCGUUGUUGCUAGAUGAGACAAAUGGCAACGCCUUUCCCACUGGAAGUCUGGUCAAAGAAUCUAUUUUUAAACUGGUGGACGACGGCUAUAGAAAAUUUAUUUCAUCUCAGCUUAAAAAAGCUGAUGACGUGCAUCAAAGACUUGCUACACUGGAACAGACCCAGUCCAAGCUCAGCACAGACUUCACUGACUUCAAAGAGCAAGUGCUGAAAGACAUGCAAGCCUUGCACAUCGUCACGGAGCAGCUCCAAAUGAGCGUUCAAAAAUCCAUCGACCAGCAGGAGAAGUUUGCGCUCAGCGUUCAUGACCAGUUCACGGAAACGGCUGAUCACCUGGGCGGACAGCUCAUGGGCGUUUUAAAAGAGCUCCAAGAGGUCAGCAACAACCACAAGCACAUGGUCACCUCCUUAUCCCUGAUCGUCAGCAGUUACGUCUGCCCAACAGUCCAGAGCGAGAAACAAGGGAAGAAGAUCCAUGUCAAACAAUGAACCCAGAUAGACGAUUAAUGUAUUGCAUCUAGACUAUAUGCUUACAUAACUCAACGGUUCCUAUUUGAAACUCUUCGAUUAUUUUUAUAGUCGUGUUCGGAGAACAUUGUGUUAGAUAGUGGCGCCUUUCCACGUCUUACUUAAAUCAUUCUGUGUUCUUGAAUAGUGACCUUUUAUGAGCGAUUAUUGACGCUUCUAUCAACAAAUGUACAUGAAUAUUAAAAUAGAAUGAAUAGAAUUAGUCCCAGCCGUACACGUAGCGAGUGUUUUAAUGUGCCAUUUCUUCACCUAUAGACCUAUGGCGAAUAUUAAUUUAUCCUGUUCAAAUGGAUCGAAACUUUUAUUGAAUAGAACAAUUUUAAUGAGUAAAGAGUUUCAAGACAAUUUUUAUAAACGUAAUACACAUUUAGGAGCAAUGCCAACAACCAAUGAAAAAAAAUGAACUUCUCUUCUUUGCAUAUUAUGGUACUCUAUGUGAUAAUUGUGAUAUUAUUGAAUAAUUAACAAUUUGCUUUCUGGAUUAUCUUAACAUUUUCUUAGACGAUUCUAGUGCGGAAAUGUCCACCUGUCAAGACGUCUACUGUGUCUAGAUCUCAAUACCUAGAAAAUCUAUUGAAAUAUUCGAUUUUAUAAUGUUUUUUAAGUUGUAUAAUGACUACUAUCUGACGCCGGCUGAAUAAAACCCUCUUCAUUUUCUAAAUUAAAAGUUAAAUCUUUUUAAAAAUUAAAAUGAACUAAUUUAAACAAUAAGUAAAAGACUUCAAAGUAAAAAACAAAGUUACUAUUAAUAGUAAUAAAGGCUAACCUAUAAGUAGGUAUGUGUAUGUGUAAACAGAUGGGAGCACAUAGUUUUGAGUGUAUAUUACUAAUUCGUAUGUUCUUUUGGUAGCUUCUAUUUACCUAAAAGUUUUUUUAAGCAAAUGUACAUUCUAUGCACAUAAUGACACGCUUUUUUUAAAAGAACAUUUAGUAAGCAGUUAUUUGUUAUAUCUUGUUAUCCUUAAACUAAAGCAUUCAUUUGAGAGAGAAAGAGACAGAGAGAGAGAGAGAGAGAGAGAGAGAGAGAGAAAGAGAGAGAGUCAAGUCACGUUGUCAUCAGUGCAUCUACAAGAAAGAAAUAAUCUCGAGCCUUAGUGAGCAUAUCACUCCAUAUGUGUCCCUCCCCCACCCCAAGUGCGCUUCUGCAUAUUCGUCUAGUUCCUAUUUUGGGUGCCUCCAAGCAACCUAUGCGGCCGCAGUGGGCCCCGCACUUUCAUAGGCCCCGCGCGAUGCGAAUUCUAGGUGUAAAUUAUUAAAUUAAAGCAUUUAACUUAUUAUUAAAAGGUUCCAGGAAUUCUCCUAACGAAGAGUCUUUGAGCAUGAAAGAUUGUAAAGUUAUCUAUUGUUUCUAUUUCAUGUUUGUGUUCACCAAGCCUCACACGACAAUCUAUAAAGGGGACUAAUUCAGCUUAUACCACCACUUCAGUCAAUUACUAUUUCCUUCCCUUGUUUUAGAUUCCAAACAAAAUAAUUUAUAACCAAUAGUUAAUUAACUAAUUGUUGCUAUUUUUUUUUUAAUUCAUUCUCGUAUUGUCAGGUAAAAGAAAAAAAUUGUGCAAAAUUUUAGCUUGAUCCUAGAUUGAGUGUCGGAGAAAUAGCGUGUACAAACAUUUGGCCAGGCGGACAGACAGAGUGUGCUUUGUAAAAACAUUAAACAAACAAUGUUUUAAUUCUUUAAAAAAAAAUCAUUGUGCGCUGGGGCAGGAAAAAUUUUAUCGGAUCUAUGCUCAUUACGAAUUAGGACUUUCAAUGUUAUUUUCCUCAGGCAAACAGAACAUUCUACAACAUCACUGUAUAACUCUAUAACAAUUACUAGCCGGCAAAAUGUCUUGCUAUAAUUUAACCGUUCUCUUCUCGCGGUAUCUACUCUCUUGGAUCAGCAUAAGUAAUUCAUAAUUGGGUAUUUCGUACAAGUUAUACUUCCUCAUUACAGUCAAAGCGUUUGUUGUUCUCUUGUGUGUAGUCAUUGUUUGGUUUUACAUUGAGUAUACAAUUAUUUUUUUGUUGUUAUUAUUAGCUUCUUUAUAAGCCUUCCAUCUCAAGCUAAGUUAAUCUCAACAGAGCACUCGCUAACCCCCUCGAGCUGAGUAUCUAAAGGAUACUUCCUCCAAUGUUCUAAUUAAUUCUCUAUGGUCCACUUAAUACACUCAAGCUGUUAGUUUCAAUAGACAAUGUAUAAAGAGAACAGAGCCUGUAUAUGACCUGGCUUCUGCUUCUCUUUUACAAAGCAUAUAUUAGCUCACUCUGUCUGUCUGAUAAAAACGUUGGUACAUGUUAUUUCUCCGACACCCAAUCUCACAUCAAACUGAAAUUUUGCAAAUUUUCUUUUACCUGACGAAACAAGAAUCAAUAAAAAAACAAAACAAUUAUUAUUUAACUAUUAAUAAUUAAUUAUUUUGAAUUGUAUCUCGAACAAGAAAUUAUAGUUGACUAAGUCGGUGGUAUAAGCUGAAUUAGUCCCCUUAUGGAUCACCGCUUCAAAGCAAGUUUGAAACAAACAAUAGAUAACUAUACAAUCUGUGCUUGGUAAGCACUUCACUAGCAGAGUGGUUAUUUUAUCGGCUUAGGGAGACCUUAGACAAGAAUUCGAAUUCAGGUCGUCAACCCACCCCUUUUGUUUUUUUUAAAUAAAUGUUUCCCCAGAUAUCCCUUUCGUUAUCCCCUUCCCUCAUUUUCCUAAAGGUACAGAUAAAAAGCUAAAAGCAUGAAAUAGCGUUUAACGGCAGCAGUUGGAAAAAAUAUUUCUAAAUCUCACAUUAUUGUUGUUGGUCUUAAUUAAUUGAUACAAUUACCCUUCGAUUAAGAAUUGUUGUUGUUUUUUUUUUAAGUAUUUUUCAUGUUUUUCUUGUAUUUGUCCUUAGAGUUGAAUCUAAGACUCUUGGAGCUCCAGGCCAAUGGAGCAUGCUACCCUGCCUCAUUUAGGGUGGAAACGAUCGUAGGAGGAAACGAUAAGCCAAAGGGUAGAAAAAGAAGACUCCCGUGGGUUUGCCUAAGGGGAUGCGAGAGCAUCCUCAUUGCACUGUGCGGGGUUGUAAAAGUUAUUGUCACAAUCCAGGCGCCGUUCAUCAAAGGGCCGUUUCAUAAAUGGCGUGUCCCAUACGGUUAGCCUGGUACAGAAAAGGAAAAUGGCGGGGUCCCAGUGAACGCGGCCUCUGUCCGUAAGUCUGACCUCCCCGGUCAGGCCGGUGAGAGGGAGCUCUUGUUCACUUUUGCUGGCCUAGAGUUCCAACAGCCGAAGGCUCAACUCUACCUGACAGUUUCAAGAAGACAAGAACUUGUAGAGCUUAAGACAAGACUCCCUGUGACGUGAUAGCUGAAGUCUAUGUCUCACUGUUUAUUGUAUAACUGUAAAUAAAGACAUCGUCUAUUAUUA